AUGGCUGACUCAAUUUCUCACGAAACCCAUGAGCUGAACCGCGUCUCUUCAGGUCCUCAUGGCCACGAUGAUUCAAACAACUCCGUCCAAAAUGCGCAAGCUCUCCCUCCGGCGGAUCACGGUCGCGCCGCGUAUGUUGCUCUGGCAUGUUGCACUCUUGCGCAGGCUCCCAUCUGGGGUUACUCCGUCUCGUUCGGCAUCUUCCAGAAGUACUACAGCGAUCCCAUGCACGGCAUCGAUGCUUCUGCUGGGGCCAUCGCCACGGUGGGGUCCAUGCAAAUGGGCGUCAUGUAUCUCCUCAUGCCCGUCAUCUUCACCAUACUGAGCAAGUAUCCAUAUCUGCGGCGCUGGUGCGGUCCUCUGGGACUGGCACUCACGGUAACGAGUUUGUCUGCUUCUGCCUUUGUCGGCAGCAUCGCAGGCCUGAUCGCGACACAAGGGGCUCUCUAUUCCAUCGGAUGCGGGCUUCUCUUCAGUCCCAUCUCCCUGUAUAUGGACGAGUGGUUCAUUGAGCGGAAAGGCAUUGCCUAUGGCAUCAUGUGGUCAGGUAAAUCAUCUGUCGGCGUCGCGAUGCCUUUCAUCUUCAACCUCCUGCUGCAACGGUUUGGACUUCGAGCCACCAUCCUCUCCUGGGCCAUUGCGUCAGCCAUCCUGAUAUCACCGACGCUCUUCCUCCUCAAGCCACGCAUCCCCUUGAGUUCCGCAUCGCAUGCGCGGCCGCUGUCAUUUGCCUUUCUCCGCCAUACUUCAUUCUGGACGAUGCAGCUCGGAAUCAUCAUCCAGUCCUUCGGCUAUCUCAUGCCCAGCACAUACCUCGCCAGCUAUGCUUCAGCCAUUGGCCUUUCUUCGGUGACAGGUCCCAUACUGCUUGCACUGUUUUCCACCGCUUCGGUGCCGGGUUCGUUAAUUCACGGCUGGCUGGGCGACAAGCUUUCUGCAACGAAAGUCAUCCUCAUUUCGUCUUUCGGCAGUGCCGUCCCUGUUUUCCUGCUUUGGGGACUUGGCCACCAGAUGAGUACAAUGGUUGUCUUCGUCAUCCUCUACGGCUUCUUUGCCGGCGGGUUCAGCUCAACAUGGUCGAGUAUGCUGCAUGAGAUCAAAGGAGAUGACAGGGCUGCAGAGACGUCUCUUAUCUUUGGCCUCCUGUUGGGAGGUCGAGGCCUGGGAUAUGUGCUUGGCGGGCCGGUUAGUGGCGCUCUCGUGUCAUCAAAGGGAGCUAUCGCAGAGGAGCCAUUAGGGUAUGCAACCAAAUACGGGCCCAUGAUUCUCUGCACUGGCGUUACUGCCGUUAUGGGGGCUUGGGCUCCGUUGUGGAAGGGCGCAAGGGUCGCAGGCAGGGUGGGAAUGAGGACUUGCUCUCGCAUAUUUACUUCUACCGCCUGA